GAAACCAGCCACCGCCAUGGCCUCCCUGCGCCGCCUUGGCCUCCCGCUCCUCGUCCUCUUCAUCCUCCUCACCGUCGUCUCGGCAUCCGAGUCCGACCCGACCGUCCUGGCGGCCGCGGCCGGCGACGCCGCGGCCCAGCCGAGCGCGUACGAGAUGCUGGAGGGGUUCGGGUUCCCGCGGGGCAUCCUGCCGGAGGGCGUGACGGGGUACACGUACCGGCCGUCGGACGGCGCGUUCGAGGUGUUCAUGGGCGGGGACUGCGAGUUCGACGUCGACGGCGGGUACCGGCUCACGUACCGGCGGAGGAUCUACGGCAACGUGGAGGGCGGCAGCAUCCGGAACCUCGGCGGCGUCUCGGUGCGGAUGUUCCUCCUCAACUGGGGCAUCGACCGCGUCGUCAUGGAGGACGCCGGCCACCUCAUGUUCUACGUCGGCCCGCUCUCGCAGGCGUUCCCCGCCGACAACUUCGAGGAGUCACCGCAGUGCCGGGGGCGCCGCUGCGGCGUUGGCGACGGCGACGGCGCCGCUUUGGGCGUUGCGGCGGUGUAGGCGGCCGGAUCCGGCGGCGACACGCACCUAUCCAUGUGGAUUAUUGAUCUGACGGAGAGGGGGGUCAAAUGAUCGAGGUUGUUGAUUCAACUGUACGUGUGUACAAAUUAAGACUCAAUUCUAUGGAAACAAGGCGCUUCAAUUUGAUU